CUGAUUGUGAGUGAAGAAAAAAUCACUGAAAAUUCUAUAAACUCUGAGAGAAAAUCUCUCCUCUUCGAUCUGUGUCUCUUAAUUAAUUUAUUAGAGACAAGAGAAUUAAGCCGAGGAAAUAUAUUAAACAUGGGUAGGCCGAUGGAUACACACUACUGGAAUCAAGUUACUAGAGAAAGAAAUGGUAUGUGGAAGUGCAAUCGAUGUGGGCGUAAGUAUACAGGGGGUGCUUCAAGAAUUAAAGCGCAUGUGGAUCGGAAAUCAAAUCAAGGCAUUGCUGUUUGCCACAUUGAUCGUGAUAAUGAAGGAGUUCACAACAAUAUUGCUUCCAGUUCAGCUAAUCCACAAGACGUUGUUGUAAAUGCAUCCAAUCCAUUACAAGGUUUGCCAACGGCUGUGGACGGAAGCAGCAAUAUUACUAACCUCCCUUUGGAAAGUGAGAUUAUUCACUUCGAUAAAUUGGUGUCUGAUCUAACCCGUGAGGAAGAAGACAUUAAAAGUCAAUUACAAUGGCUUGAGUCACGGGGCAAAAAGCGCAAGAGACAAGUUGAUGAUUGGUUGAAUGAAUUACAAGACUUGAAAAGAAGAGCCUACGGAUUGGAGAUAGAGCAAUUGACUGAAGAAGUGCGGAAGCAUAAGGAACAGAAGCCUCUUGUGUUGUCAAAUGAAUUGGUUGGUAGAGGUUUUGAGAGAAAUAUUAAGGAGAUGUGGAAACUUCUUGAGGAUGACCAAGUCUUCAUCAUUGGCAUACAUGGAAUGGGAGGAGUUGGAAAAACUUUCCUAGUAACUCAUAUGGAGAAGGAAAUAAAAAGGAAGGGAACUUUCAAUGAUGUCUUUUGGGUCACUGUUUCCCAUGAUUUUAGCAUUUUAAAAUUGCAACAUGACAUCGCAGAAAAAACAGGUGUAAAGCUCAGUGGAGAUGAUGAAAGAACCAGAGCAGCAAAUCUUUCAUUAGUGUUGGAGACAAAAGAAAAAUCAGUACUUAUUUUGGAUGAUGUUUGGAAAUAUAUUGAUCUACAGAAGGUGGGAAUUCCUCUUAGAAUGAAUGGCAUCAAAUUAAUUCUGACAAGUCGUUUGGAACAUGUGUGUCAACAGAUGGAUUGCCCGUCAAAUAAUAUAGUAAGUGUGUACCCUCUCUCUGAUGAAGAUGAAGCUUGGGAGUUAUUUUUGUUAAAACUUGGACACCAUGGAACCCCCGCAACACUUCCCCCUGAAGUAGAAAAGAUUGCAAGAUCUGUUGCAUGGGAAUUGGAUGGUUUACCACUUGGAAUCAGUGUGAUGGCUAGAAUCAUGAAAGGGGAAAAUAAAAUUCAUCGAUGGAGAGAUGCAUUAAAUAAACUUCAAAACGUGGCAAUGGGAGAAGAAAUGGAAGAAGAGGUCUUCAAGGUAUUAAAACUCAGCUAUGAUAAUUUAACAGGUAAGAACCUGCAAGACUGUUUCUUAUAUCUUGCGUUACACACCAAAACUGUAAGUUCUUCUGACUUAAUUAUGAAGCUUGUUGAUGGUAGACUGAUAAAUGGAAUGAGUAGAUUGGAGGAAAUAUUUGAUAAGGGUCAUACCAUAUUGGAUAAACUAAAAGGUCAUUCUUUGUUGACGAAGGAUGAUGAUGUUGUUGAUGUUGAUGAGGGUGGUAUGUUCCAGAUGCAUAGGCUGGUGAGGGACAUGGCCUUUCAUAUCCUUAAAGAGGAUCACAAGUACUUGGUAAAAUAUGGUGAAGGAUUCAGUAAGAUACCUCACAUGCAGGAAUGGACGACUGAGUUGGAGGUGAUUUCUUUGAUUGAUAACAUGGAAGAAAUCCCAGAGGGCACAUCACCUUGUUGUCCACGUUUGUCCACCUUGAUUUUAAAUGAUGGUCGGAUCAAUCGUAUUCCAGAGUGUUUUUUCAUGAACAUGAAUGCUCUAACCGUGCUCGAUCUAUCCUAUAAUUAUAGAUUAAGAUAUUUGCCGAAUUCGCUGUCUAACUUGAGGUCCCUUAUUUCUUUAGUGCUCCGUGGGUGUUCAGAGUUGGAAAAUGUGCCUCCAUUGGGAGAGCUAAAAGCAUUGUCGAGAUUGGACAUUUCAUGUUGUUCAAUUGUCCAAGUUCCACAAGGCUUGGAAAUGCUAAUCAACUUGAAAUGGCUUGAUCUAUCCGGGAACGGCGAUUUGAAGUUGGUACCAGGGUCUGUGCUACCCGGUUUGACAAAUAUUCAAUACCUCAAUCUCCGCCGUUGUCCUUUGGCGACAAUAACAGCGGAAGAUGUACAAGGGAUGAGUAAGCUAGAAUGUUUUGGAGGCUGGUUUCAGGAAUUCAAGGAAUACAACACUUAUGUGCAAAAAAUCCAAGACAGAGAUUUUCCGCCCAAAACUUAUUGUCUCCAUUUGGGAGGAAAUAGUCGGUGGCAUCGUAAUUAUUAUAGAAGAGUUCCAGAUAAUAGAAUAGUUCGAUGUCUUGGAGAUUGCUAUGUGUGCCCCCUUUUGCUGUCAAUAGACCUUCUGGAACUGUCUAUAUCUGAGAAUAAUCAAUGGACAUGCUUAUGUAAUUCCUUGUCACUCAUCGGUUCUUCUUCUUUGAGGAAAAUUGAAAUUAGUAGUUGCGCAGAACUGAAGAGCUUGUUUUGCUUGUCUGGUUCUUGUUCCGCAUGCGCUAAAAUCCAAAACCUCAAAUCUUUGGAUCUUUAUAAUUUGAAAAGUUUAAUUGCCAUCUGUGAGGAAGAUGUUGCUCCUAAUGUAACACAAUCAUUGUGUCCCAGUGGCGUUUUCUCUCAUCUCAAGCAUUUUAUCAUCUGGGGAUGCGAUGGGAUAGAGAAGUUGCUGACACCAGGGUUAGUGGAACAACUUCAUAACCUGGUGACCUUAGAAGUAAUUGAAUGUGCUUCAAUGAAGGAGAUAUUUGCUGUGAGUAACUCUGGAGAUGAUGAUGGUUCCAGCAUUACACUCCCCAGGUUAACCAGAUUGGAGUUGAAAUAUUUACCACAAUUGGAGAGCGUGUGCAGAGGAAUUUUAGUUUGCGGAUCCACGCAGCUAUUGGACAUUGAUGCCUGCCCCAAUUUAAGAAGUGUGUCUGAGAAUCGCAAAUGUGCGGAUUUUAUCAGAUUCCUUGAACGGUCUGGUUCGUCUAGUCCGCCGUCGGAAUUGUUACCCAGAUCAAGGUCCUUGGGAACCAGAGACAAAAGGCCUACUGUAGGAAUUCUAGCCCCCUAUUCCAAAGCUUGUGCUAAGCGUGUUCCCUCUAGUCGUACCUUUGAGUUAGGGUCAACUUCGCGACAACCUUAUCGCAGAAAGGCAUUGUCAGCCCAUAGCUCGUCUGUGUUUCCCCAGUUUGCUGUGAGUAUGUCUAAACCCAUUGUGAUAUCGAGUGACUCCUCUGCCAGUUCUGAUAGUAGUUAUAAAUCGGCUGAGUCGAAAAGCCCUAAAUCGCCUUUCUCGAGUUCAUCGCGCGAUUCUUCGUGUUCCAUCGCGCGUGAGUCUUCAGUAUCGAAAAGUCCUACUCCAUUGCCCUUGAGUGUGAUUUAUCCAGCCGGAUAUCCUUUUAAGAAAAGGAAUUUUGAUAAUUAUAAACCUGUGUCCACUGACUUGUCUUCUUCCACUGAUUCCUCUUCUUCUGAAUCAGAUUUCGUGUCUCCUCGUAUCAAGGAAAUUAUGGUGAAACGUGGUGCUCACGAUAAGAAGAUCGUGAAGACGCAGCUGAGGCCAAGAAGAAAGCUGUGCGCCUUAGUCCGGAAGAAGAACCUUCGGAGAUGCGGUGUUCGUCUUCUCUUUUCUUCUUUUGUUUGUAAACUGUUGGCGUACUUCAAUGUGGCGCCCUCACAGCUGACCCCCAAUGCCUGGGGUUUUAUUAGAGUGUAUGAGAUGGUAUGCAAGGCCUAUGGUCUUUUCCAAUCUGUACCGUCGUUUUUAUAUAUGUUCAGUGCGAUGCCCCCUCGCAACAGCUGGAUAUCUUUUAGGGGAAAAGUAAAAUUAUGUGGGUCGUACUGCAGAAAGAUUAACAAGUGGAGCGCGGAGUAUUUCAAAAUCUAUCCCGCCGAAGGUACCACGCCAUUUUUUCUAGGCGAGGACGAGGCUCCUAUCUUCCCCUUGUAUUGGUCGGAAUAUCCGUCAAGUAGUUCCGUGUUAAACUAUACCUUUACUGAUUUGAGCGAUCUAGAACAGCAGACGGUGACUGCUUUGGGUAACAUCGCUCGUGAGGCCUCUGCUACAGGCUCACUGGAUACAUAUACCAUUUUAAACGAAUAUUCUGAGGAUGAUAUUCGAGCUUAA